AUGGGUCAAUUUAUUAAUGAUGAUUCAACAAGUAAUCAAUCAGAUUCAUCAUCAUCAACAAAUCCAAUUUUUAGACAACAACAAUUAUUAUAUGGAAAUAAUUAUGAAGAUAUGCAAAACCUUAGCACUAGACGUCAUCGUCGUAUUAUUGAAAAUACAGUUUGUCAAUGUUAUGGAUCAGGAUGUAUGCUAGAAGCACGACCUUCAUCAAAAUACUGUUCAGAUAAAUGUGGUCUAGAAUUAGCUCGAAAUCGUCUUCUCAAGGGGGAAACAUGA